GCUGCUGCUGCUGCUGAGGAUCUGAGCUGAGUCUGCCCGCUUGUUCACCAGCAGCAGCCUGCAGAAGCAGCGAUUGGGACCGGCGUGUGAUCGCUGCCCCGCGAGCAUAGAUGUGCAAAACCCCUGGAUUAUUUGCGCGCUGGAGCCAUUACCGACCACCGUGGAGGACUGUCUUUAUCUAACCGUCAAAAGGGAAAGAGCCUCGGGGACAGCAUGGCGGUAGAAGAGGAAGGUCUCCGGGUUUUCCAGAGCGUUAAAAUAAAAAUAGGAGAAGCAAAAAACAUCCCUCCAUACCCUGGACCAAACAGGAUGAGAGACUGCUACUGCACCGUCAACCUGGACCAAGAAGAGGUGUUCAGGACCAAGAUCAUUGAGAAGUCCCUUUGCCCAUUCUACGGCGAGGACUUUUACUGUGAGAUCCCGCGCAGCUUCAGACACCUCUCCUUCUACAUCUUCGACAGGGAUGUCUUCAGGAGGGACUCCAGUAUCGGCAAGGUAGCAGUGAAGAAAGAAGACCUGCAGAAAUAUCACGGCAAAGACACCUGGUUCCAGCUCCAACCUGUCAGCGCUGACUCAGAAGUGCAGGGAAAAGUACACUUGGAGCUGCGUCUGAGUGAAGUCAUCACUGACAGUGGAGCCAUCAACCAUAAACUAGCCACACGAGUGUUGGAGUGCCAAGGUCUUCCUAUCGUUAACGGCCAAUGUGAUCCGUACGCUGCUGUGUCCUUACUCGGCCCUUCAAGGUCGGAAGCCAAGAAGACCAAAGUGAAGAGGAAAACCAACAACCCACAGUUUGACGAGGUUUUCUAUUUUGAGGUGACACGGCCAUUAAGCUACACAAAGCGUCAAUUUGAUGUAGAAGAAGAGGAUGUUGACAAGUUGGCACUAAGGGUGGAUCUGUGGAACGCCAGCAACCUGAAAUUCGGGGAUGAGUUCCUGGGGGGGGUGCGAGUUCCUCUGCGCGCGCUGGGUCAGGCUGGGGUCCACGACGCAUGGUACUUUCUUCAGCCCAGGGAGAACGGAGGGAAGUCGGUGAAGGUGGAAGAGCUUGGCUCUCUGCGUCUAAACAUCGUUUACACCGAGGACCACGUGUUCCCCUCCGAACACUACUCCCCCCUCAGAGAUCUGCUGCUGCACUCCGCUAAUGUACAGCCUGUAUCGUCGUCCACAGCUCACACUCUGGGGGAGGUGUGUCGAGAGAAACAAGAAGCCGCCAUUCCCCUCGUGCGUCUGUUUCUUCACUACGGCAAGAUUGUGCCUUUCAUCAGCGCCAUCGCUCACGCUGAAGUCAACCGCACACAGGAUCCUAACACAAUUUUCCGGGGAAACUCGUUGACAUCCAAGUGCAUUGAUGAGACCAUGAAGCUGGCAGGAAUGCAUUAUCUGCAAGUCACGCUCAGACCAAUCAUAGACGAGAUCUGCGCAGAACACAAACCCUGUGAAAUCGACCCGGUCAAGCUCAAAGAGUCGGAGAACCUGGAUACUAACAGGGAAAACCUUCACCACUAUGUGGACCGUAUCUUCAACGUUAUCACCACAUCAGGCGUUCGCUGUCCCACUGUCAUGUGUGAUAUCUUCUUUCUCUUGAGAGAGUUCCGCUUUGACCAAGAUGUCCGAUACACAGCAGUAAGCAGUUUUAUUUUCCUGCGUUUCUUUGCUCCGGCCAUCCUCUCCCCCAACUUGUUCCAUCUACGGCCGCACCAUCCAGAUCCCGCCACCUCUCGAACCCUAACCCUCAUCUCCAAGACGAUCCAGACCCUGGGAAGUCUUGCCAAGUCUAAAUCUGCCAAUUUCAAAGAGUCUUACAUGGCCGCAUUUUACGAGUACUUCAAUGAGCAGAAAUAUGCGGACGCUGUGAAGAAUUUCCUGGACCUGAUCUCCACCUCUGGCAAAUGGGAUCAGAAGAGUAUUGAGACUCCAAUCAUGCUCAAAGAGGGGAGUGUAAAACUCACUAUAAAGAGGAUUGAUGGGAAAGGGUCAAAAAGCACGAAGGGCAGGUUUUAUGAUAAAAGGGCACAAGGGAGGAACCGGUUCGGAAUGAAGAACUUCAAGAAGAGAUGGUUUCGCCUCACCAACCACGAGUUUACCUACCACAAGACGAAAGGUGAGGGUGCUCUGUGCAGCAUUCCCAUAGAGAACAUUCUGGCUGUAGAGAGGCUCGAGGAGGAGUCUUUCAAGAUGAAAAAUAUGUUCCAGGUUAUUCAGCCAGAACGGGCGCUCUACAUCCAGGCCAACAAUUGCGUAGAAGCACGAGACUGGAUCGACAUCCUGACCAAAGUCAGCCAGUGUAACCGCAAACGCCUGAGCACCUACCAUCCUUCAGCUUACCUCAACGGCCACUGGCUCUGCUGCAAGCUGUCUGCAGACACAGCGCCCGGGUGUACGCCCUGCACCGGAGGCCUUCCAGCAAACAUCCAGCUGGAUGUAGAUGGAGACAGGGAGACGGAGAGGAUUUACUCCCUAUUCAGCACAUACAUGACCAAACUGAUCAAGAUGCAAGAGGCCUGCGGCAGUAAGUCUGUGUACGACGGGCCCGAACUGGAGGAGUACUCCACCUUUGUCAUCGAUGACCCUCAGGAGACAUACAAAACUCUGAAACUGAUUGUUUCAGCCGUGCAGACGUUGGAGCAGCAGCACACCAAGUACAAACGCGACAAGUUCAAGAAGACAAAGAUAGGAAGCCAGGAGCAUCCGAUUGGAGACAAGAGUUUUCAGUGCUACAUCCGCCAGCAGUCCGAGAGCUCCACCUACUCCAUCUAGCCCUGCGCACUGUUUCUAUGAUGCCCAGAACCAGCAUAUUUGUCUUCACUGCAAAACAUCUUAACAAUGCUCCUUGUCAAGUAUUCAGUUUUAAAACUUAACGUUUCCUUAAAAUAAGGUUUUAAUUAACGUGAGAUCAUUUCACUUAUUUCCAAUGCAAUGUAUCCAAGCCUUGAAGGGCAAGAUAUCACUUUUUUAAAGACUUUUCCGGAAGCAAGUGAUGCUGUUUUGGAAACAAGUGUCAAAUGACACAUUUAUUUGAUCAGCUUUAAGGAAAGUUAUUUUUAAAAGUCAAUACCAGACUGAGGGCGCUGUGCAGAUGGACUUUGUUUUUGGCCAUUGUUUCAAGAUGCAUCACUCCAAAUCUGGAGAACAGACCUCAGAUGAGCAUGAAAAGGAAUGGGUUGUGGAGGAAAGGAGGGAUACGAUGAAGACAUAAUCAUACCCACAUAUAUUAGGGUCUCCUGUCUGUGAUCUGACGAGAGAACACAAGUUUUCACUGGACAGUUUUGGCAGUGACCAGUACGCACUUUAAUCGCUUCCAAAUCUAUGGAUGAACAAGCCUCGCAGCACACUUUCAUUUUGUUAUUUUAAUGGUUGAUAUGUUGAAAUAUUCCGUUGUAUUUCACUCCAGAAGGAAGGGAGUAAGGAAGGACUGUAAUUCUUCCCUUUUUUGAGUGGUGUUUAAUUUUUGUCCCCAUCCUCCUCAGGAAGGUUGUGAAGGUCGAGGGCACACAAGGGAUUGUUGGGACCAAUCACAGCCAAGAGCAGCAUGAUUUUGUCAAUGUUAGCAAUCACUUUUAUCCUGUAUUUUUUAUCAUCAUCAUCCACGUGCUAACAGAAGUUAAGGGUUCACAUUUACUCGUUUAGUUUGAAGCCUUGUCAUGCUCCUGUUUAACAGUAACCUGUACCUGUACACAAAUCCGUGUAUCAUUUUUAUGUUUUUAUCCUUAAGGGUGUCAAAAUGAAGCUUCUCUUUUUUAAGUAGGACAAAAUACACUGGAUAGCUAUUAAGUUAUAAACUCCUUCUAUGACCAAAGAAAAUAGAUCAUGUCAACAUUUAGUCGUCGUUUUGGGUUGAUAUCAGGGCCAUAUUACCCACCAGAGGCUCAUGGUAAAAAUGUGUUUGCUGUGGGCCCCUUUUUACAAUCUUUGAAUUUUACAUUUGUGUAAAAGUAUAAAUAUAUACUGAAAGAAAUAAUACACAAUACACUCAGUGGCCACUUUAUUAGACACAAUAGGACAAUAAAGUAGAUAGAUCAAGUGUCUCUUUGAAAUAUUCAACCUUUACUCAGUUAAUGAUGUUACAUUUGUGUAACAUUGUCAGUGAUAAUUGUUUAUUAUAGAAGGCAGUUAGUUAAUGUUAAUGGUGGUGUUCUUCUGGACUAGAUAUAAUUGAUAAGUGUUUCAUAAUUUGAUUUGGAAGAAACAAAACAUCUCUGAAUACAACGCACUCCAGAACAACACCAUCACUUACUAUGACCUCAAUAAUACUCAUAUCACUUUAGUAACAUAUCCAUGAUGGUGUCACAAAGCCUGAACGUUAUAGUCAUAAUGGAAGUGGUCUUUAUGGAAGAAAAGUUAUAUUUGAUUGCUUUUCGCUAUACAUAAUUAUUAUUAUUAUAAUAACACAUUUUGGAAUUAAUAACUUUAAUUUACCUGAAACGAUUUGCCACCUUGGCCAGUUGCCUGUUGGUAGUCUGAACAUGGUUAACAUGCACACAAAUUGAUGGUGGAUACAUAUAAGUGAUUUUGCUGCUUUCAAGAGGUGCCGAUAUUUGUUCCCGAUGUCCAUUUAUUGAGCAUUGGCUACGAUAAGCAUUCAUUCAACACACAAACUGCAUGCAGACACGAUAUGUUUGCUUCACUCUGUGUUAGUAAAAUGUUCAAGCUAAACUAUCCCUUCAUCCAUCACAAAGCAUAAACCAUAUGUUUGCACAGCUCAUCAACACGGACAGCUUUUAGCUUUACUUCUAAUUAACUGAUAUACUAACUUUUUUAACCAGUCUUGUCUCAAGUUAUGAUUGUGAAAUGGAUAGUGUGUUACUGGUUGUGUUGCCCUGUUGGCUGCCUAAUAAUGUUAAUUUCUGUUUAGUGAGUUAGCUCUGUCUUACUUUGGAAAAGCUGCACCCUGUAUUUGAAAGUCUAUUUAUAUGCAUUCCUCUGAGAAACUGCCUGCUGUGAAUCUUAGCGCUCAGCACCCCAACAUCUGUUGAAGGUACGGGAUUUAUCGUUGUGAACCAGUCGUGUUAUGUUCUACGCUUCCCAAAGGCAACCACUCUCUUUGGCAUUGAUAUUCAUCAGCACUCACUCUUGCCAAAACCAGUGCAUGUGAAGUAUAGUUGUAGUCACAGUGUAUGUAGCCUGCACAGUCACUUCUGUGCGACCAGGACACUACAAACCACAACAAAUUUUGUAUUUUACACAAAAAAGUACCUGGUUCAAUAGCCUCAUGUGUGCUCUAGUGAUCACAGGAUCCUAAACAGUGCCAGUCAUCACUUUUUUUAAAUUCUCUUUUUGAAAAACAAACAAAAAAAAUCAUUGUUUUUUAUAAACUGAUACUGUUUUAAAAACAGUAAAGCAAUUAUUCCAAUCCAAUGACAUCUUUUUCUUUGUCAAACGUGUUGAUCUCUGAACUAAAGGAAAGGUUCUCAACACUUUGACUCUGUUUUCUAUCUUUGUCUUCAUACAGAAAUAUUCACUGUGUAUCUGAACCGAAUGACUGAGAUGUGUGUGCGUUUCUGCAUAUAUAUGUGUGUUUGUGAGCGUGCAUUUGUUGGCAUGUGCAUAUGUGAGUGACAUGACGGGUUGAAUUGCCAAUUGAUUUACCCCAGUGUUACAGGUGGAGAGAGUCCCACUUCAAAACUUCUUAAAAAGAGAAAAUCACUGCCUGUAAUUAUACUGAAGAGUGUAGUACUCUGGCCUGACAUCUCCUCUUUUCUCUUGUAUAGAACCACUGUUCCAUCUCAAGGAACCUUUGCCAAUAUAUUCUCCACUCAUGUUAUGUAUGUAACAGUUCUUCACAUUGAUGACACAUUAAGAGAGCAGCUGUAACCUCUAAACUUUGGUGAGUGUUACUAACUCUCCUCAGGUUUAUGAAACUCAGCACUGUGUGUGUUAUUUUGCGACUGAAGUAUAAGCCACCAAACAUUUCUGUCACUCAUCCCUAAUUUGGUAAUCCUAUUUAUUAUCAUUUCUGAAAAACCUUCCCAGAAACAUCGGCUGGGGAGAGGAGGAGGGGGGGGGUUAAUGUCAGUUACAUUAACGACAAACCCUCUACCCGGAAUCCCACAAAGGAAUGACUUAUUAUGCAAUAAUGGUGUUUCAGCAUGCAGUAAUAGUAACAACCCCUCAAUAAGCCCCUCAAAUUAUGAACAAGCAUCUGCUAACCUUUUGCAGUGAAAUUCCUCCUCAAAUAAACACCUACUAUAAGGGAGAACAGUGUAUUUUGUAAAAAUAUUUUCAAAGUAUUAAAAAAAGCCUGUUAUGUGUACAUAAAACAGUUGAAUGAAUGGUGAAAAUGUGAUAUGUUUUUUCCUGAAUAACAAAAUGAAACCAAUAUUAAUGCAAA